CCAUAUUUGCCAUGAGAUAAUCUAAUCCUCUCUCUGAUUUGUGCUUGUGGUUUUUCAUUUUACCUUCUUGUUUGCCAAAAUUUGAAAUGCUCAUGUUGGGAGAUACAAACAGCCGACACGUUCCCCAAAGCUCAGAAGCCCAAGGUCCACACGGUACAAAACCAAAAGGAAUAAAACUAGGGAAACCACUCGACCGAAAACAAAGAAGUACGAAAACCAGAUUAACAAGAAACAGAAAAAACCAGAAAAGAACGAUCGACAAGAAUACAGGCCCGCCACUGGAAAUGAAAAAUGCCGAUGAAAACUCGGACCUCGGCGAGGCCAACAUGCAGGUCGAAAAUCUGGUGGGCAGGGAAGGCCGUCAUCCAAGUUAAGGUAACUGCCGUCAUGGCCGCCUCAAGAGGAGAACCAGACCAACACAAUAAUGAAGUGCCAUCCAGCAAAGGUCUUGCUACAUCACCAAUCCUAGUAAGUUACUUUUGUCUCAUUAAUCCAAGCAGUAUCUAACUUGAUUUUCAUAUGACCAGGAAUUUAGGGUUUAGGGUUUGGGUUGGUGGAGAGCUGAGCUGAUCUGUUGUGGUUUUGAGGUUGACAAUGGGAAUGGGGACGGCUGGUUAAGAUAUUUUGAAAAGAAAAAGAAAUAAAGAACAAAAACUUUCUAAGCUUAAAAUAAUUCUUGAACUAAUGUUGUAAAACUGGACAAAAUUUGGUUGCUUACCACAAUUGGUUUCCCUUAAAAUCCGACGGAACCAUAGGCUUUUUGUCCUUAGGACCUGUUGUUCUCGUUUGUGGUGCAAUGCUCUAUUUCUAGCUCAGAACAGUGAACUUUUACUACAGCAAAAACUCUGUUUCAUUUCUCGUCUGAAACCUUUCCAGCUCCAAAAAGAAACUUGUCCUUGUUUGCCUGGAUGGCUGGACAUGACAGCACGGCCCGCUCAAGACACUACACGUGUGCUCAAACUUCAACCUCAAUGAUGAUUAUUGCUUUUCCAUCUUAACUUAGAAUUUAAUUCGUCAGCUUAACGCUUAAUUAAUUUCUACUAAUCAGAUUUAUCUACACGGUUAACAUUCCUCUCUUGUACCCCCUCUCUCUCACCUUUGUUAUCUUCUUCCUUUUACCACUUGUUUUGGCUACCCGUUCAACUUCUUUCAUCAUCCUCUUCUUCACUCAAAAAAGCUUUAAUCUUGCUCAGCCUUGGUGAUUGCUUCUGUAUACUGCUCUGCAAAACCAAAGUAUUGGUGCCUUGGUGGCUUGAAAUGUCAUCAGAAGAAAUGGAUGCUGAAAAAAUGAGGCAAGAUAUACUUCAACUAUUCUUCAAGCUCACAAGAGACUUCUCGGAGUCUGAAUCUCAAAGGAAGGAUCUUAAGGAAAAGCUUGGGCAGAGUGAAGCUGAAAAGAAAAAGGUUAAGAAACAGCUCGAGCAAAGUGAGGCUCAAAAGAACGAUCUCAAGAAAGAGCUUGAGCGGACUGAAGCUGAGAAGGAUGGGCUCAAGAAGAAUCUUGAGCUGACUGAAGCUCAAAUGAAAGUGCAGCUCAAAGUUCUAGAGCAGCGUGAGAUGCAACUGCAACAGCUGAAUGAUGGGGCUGGCCUAGAGAAAAAGAAGGCCAAUGCAUUGGUGUCAUGGUUAGCAGAAGAGUACAAGAAAUGUCUGGAGGAGAAUGAAAAAUUUCACUGGAUAAACAUUGAGUUGGAGAAGCAGCUUGAUGCAAAGAAGAAGCGCAUAGUUGAAUUGAAGGUUAGCACUAAUUAUUUUCGAGCACAGUUGAGGAAAAUGGAAGAGGAAUUGGCAGAUCGUGAAGCAUUAAACCUCAUGCCUCUUGUCAAAACAAAUGAAGUGAAUGUGGAACUGCAGAUCAUGAAGCAUUCAACCUCAUGCCUCUUGUCAAAACAAAUGAAGUGA